GGUCACUGCUAGUCACUUCCGGUCUCGCAUCCAGAACUUUCUCCUACAGCGCCUUGCCUGGGACUACAACUCCCAGGAUGCACCAGGUGGAGAAGCUGGCCAAUCAGGAAGCACAUUCCCCGUCAUUACUUUCGGCCCCGCCCCACCUGCAGUCAGAGGUUUUGUGAGAGUUGGCUGGCCAGUGGCUCUGAAGUGAGUGAUACAGGAUGAAUUUCUGGACUCAGGAGAAAGCAGAGAUGUUUAAGAAUAAUGUUACUGACCAUAAGCUAAACAUGGAAGCCAUAAUUAAAAACAUUAACAUGAUUUCUUUGGAGUUGAAGAAGAUGCAAGGACUCUGCAGCCAAGUCUUCACACCCAUUGCCUUUAUCACGUUAUCCCUGAUGGCCAGGCUGGAAUACAACCCAUCGAGCCUCCUAGACAUGGGUCAGAAUCACAUCGGGUCCCCUGACAGGAUUAUGCGCUUCCUCCAAGACCACUCUGCUGGAUGCCGCCUUCCAGGGCUGCGGCCUGUGUAAAGGAAGGGCUUCACCAAUGUGAUUUAACUCUGUAAAGUUGCGGGAGAGUAUGAACCCCCCAAAGAAUGUUACAGCAAGUUUCCAUAGAGGUAGGUAUGCAGAAUAGCAUAAACAACGAUUUGGGUACAUUUUACAACUGAAAUUCCUUACCUCUUUACCUCGGAGUCCAGUUCCCAACAAGUAAACUUGGCUUUCCUCUUGGUAACGGAUCUGGAUGUUGUAAACUUUAUCUUUGUACAACACCAUGAGGACAUACGGAUUGGUUAUUGUUUUUUUAGAGCUGUCUCUAACGAGAAAAGUGCCAUCCUAAAAGAAUAAAUUCUUAUUAUUACGUGAGCAAUACAUGGCAAUACUUCUGUUGCCUGUAAGAGCAGUAGACAAGACUCGAGAGAUCUGGAAACUUACCAGUUGCCAAGACAGUGAACAUUUAGUGCCCUGAACCGUUACAGCCCCAUGUGUCACAGAUUUCUUGGUUGUCAAGAGACAGCAAAGAUUGUAUCAGAGAAAUUUCCAAAUUCCAAAGAGACUUUUUGAAGUCUCUUGAUAAAAAAGUCGCUUUUUUUUUUUU